AUGGGGGACUUCAACUGUGUUCUCAAUAGAGAAGAUAGUAUAGGGAGCCCUGUUACAAUGGUAGAAAUGAGGAAGUUUAUGGACUGUGUAGACACCUGUGACAUGAUGGAAAUGACAUCAUCCAGAACAUUUUAUACGUGGUGCAAUAAGCAAAAUGGGGAGGCUAAAGUUUAUAGUAGAAUAGACAGGGUCUUGAUUAAUAAUGCAUGGAUCACACGACUACCUCAUUCAGCAGUACACUACAGGAGUGAGGGACUAUAUGACCAUUGUCCAGCCGUCAUUAGAUGGCAAGAUAAUGUUAGAAAAAAUGGAAGAAUGUUCAGAUAUUUUAACAUGUGGAGUUCGGCUACAGACUUCAAAGAUAGAGUGGAAGCUGGAUGGCGAACAACCAAAAGAGGAACAAAAAUGUUUGAACUAGUGGGAAAAAUGAACAACCUAAAGAGCACACUAAAACAGUUGAAUAAGGAGAAAUUUACCGAGGUGGAAAAGAGGGCAGACCAAGAAAUGGAGUUGUUGUACCAAUGUCAACUCAAAUUGCAGGGAGAUCCAACAAAUAUAGUACUCAUUGCAGAGGAGAUCGAGAGGAGCAAAGCAUAUAAUGGGACCUAUACUAAUAGAGGAACAGAGGACAAGCUUGACAGCACAAGUCACAGAACAAGAAGUGAAGGCAGCUCUGUGGGGGAUAGUUGGAACACUGUGGGGCAGGAUCUGGUAGGAGCAGUAUUAGAAUUCUUCAGGAGUGGAAAAUUGCUACAUAUAAUGAACAACACAGUGAUUACUUUAAUUCCUAAAAGCAACCAUGCAACUAAAGUGGAAGAAUACAGGCCUAUCUUUUGUUGUAACAUAGUGUACAAGGUGAUUUCCAAAGUGAUGUGCACAAGACUCAAGCCAGUACUACCAACAGUGAUCUCAAACAAUCAAAGUGCGUUUGUGUUAGGCAGAUCCAUUGUGCAAAAUAUUCUGAUCUGUCAGGACUUGGUGGCACAAAUGACAGGCUUUGAAUAUCACACAAAGUGCAAGGGGAUAAAGCUCAACCACCUGUGCUUUGCAGAUGAUAUACUGCUUUUCUGCAAAAGAACUUACCAGUCAGUACUAUUGUUACUUAGGGGAUUACAAACAUUUACAAAUGCUUUUGAACUGAGUACAAAUGCAGGGAAAUCAAAUAUUUUUUUAGCUAAUAUGGAAGGCCAGCACUUAGAACUUUGUAAGGUCACUGGAUACAAGAAAGGCACUCUGCCAUUCAGGUAUCUUGGGGUUCCAGUCUCUGCAAGGAAACUAUCUGCACUGGAUUGUGAAAUGACUAAAAAGGAAGGGGAUUUAGGGAUGUUGGAUUGUCUACAGUGGAACGAGGCAGCAGUGGCAAAACAUGUAUGGAAUAUAGCUCAAAAGACAGGCAAUUUAUGGGUUAAAUGGGUCAACCACAUAUACAUAAAGAGUGCAGAUUGGUGGCAAUACAAACCACUAGUCGACUGUUCAUGGUACUGGAAGAGAAUUUGCUCUAUCAAGGAGAGGUUCAAAGAUGGAUAUAUGGGAAAUGGAUGGCUUGCGCACAAUGGGAGGUACUCUAUCCAGAGCGGGUACAAAUGGAGAAGGGAAGAGUAG